UGCGCGGGGCGGCGGCGGAGGCCGUGGGGGCCCGGGCGCACGGGAGCGGGAGCGCCCGGGGGAGCCCGAUCGCACCAUGGAAGCUGCAGCGGCCGGCCGGGGCGGCUUCCAGCCGCACCCGGGGCUGCAGAAGACGCUGGAGCAGUUCCACCUGAGCUCCAUGAGCUCGCUGGGCGGCCCGGCCGCUUUCUCGGCGCGCUGGGCGCAGGAGGCCUACAAGAAGGAGAGCGCCAAGGAGGCGGGUGCGGCCACAGUGCCGGCGCCGGUGCCCACUGCCGCGGAGCCGCCGCCCGUGCUGCACCUGCCUGCCAUCCAGCCGCCGCCGCCCGUGCUUCCCGGGCCCUUCUUCAUGCCGUCGGACCGCUCCACCGAGCGCUGUGAGACCGUGCUGGAAGGGGAGACCAUCUCUUGUUUCGUGGUGGGAGGCGAGAAGCGUCUGUGCCUGCCGCAGAUCCUCAACUCGGUGCUGCGCGACUUCUCAUUGCAGCAGAUCAACUCGGUGUGCGAUGAGCUGCACAUCUACUGCUCGCGUUGCACCGCCGACCAGCUGGAGAUCCUCAAAGUCAUGGGCAUCCUGCCCUUCUCCGCGCCCUCCUGCGGGCUCAUCACCAAGACGGACGCGGAGCGCCUGUGCAACGCGCUGCUCUACGGCGGCGCCUACCCGCCGCCUUGCAAGAAGGAGUUGGCGGCCAGCCUGGCGCUGGGCCUGGAGCUCAGCGAACGCAGCGUCCGCGUGUACCACGAGUGCUUCGGCAAGUGCAAAGGGCUGCUGGUGCCCGAGCUGUACAGCAGUCCUAGCGCCGCCUGCAUCCAGUGCCUCGACUGCCGCCUCAUGUACCCGCCGCACAAGUUCGUUGUACACUCGCACAAGGCCCUGGAGAACCGGACCUGCCACUGGGGCUUCGACUCAGCCAACUGGCGGGCCUACAUCCUGCUGAGCCAGGACUACACGGGCAAGGAGGAGCAGGCCCGCCUUGGCCGCUGCCUGGACGACGUGAAGGAGAAGUUCGACUAUGCCAACAAGUACAAGCGGAGGGUGCCCCGGGUCUCAGAACCCCCAGCUUCCAUAAGGCCCAAAACAGACGACACUUCCUCACAGUCCCCUGCGUCUUCUGAGAAGGACAAGCAGUCCACUUGGUUGCGGACCUUGGCUGGUUCCUCCAAUAAGAGCCUUGGUUGCACUCACCCUCGCCAGCGCCUUUCUGCUUUCCGGCCCUGGUCUCCUGCAGUGUCCGCAAGUGAGAAAGAGACCUCCCCACACCUCCCAGCCUUGAUUCGAGACAGCUUCUACUCCUACAAGAGCUUUGAGACAGCUGUGGCCCCCAAUGUGGCCCUAGCACCACCAACCCAGCAAAAGGUUGUGAACAGUCCACCAUGCACCGCCGUGGUCUCCCGGGCACCAGAACCUCUUACUACUUGUAUCCAGCCACGAAAGCGGAAGCUGACCAUGGACACGCCAGGAGCCCCAGACACGCUGACACCUGUGGCUGCUGCAGAGGAAGACAAGGACUCUGAGGCCGAGGUUGAAGUUGAAAGCAGAGAGGAAUUCACCUCCUCCUUGUCCUCGCUGUCCUCUCCAUCCUUUACCUCAUCCAGCUCUGCCAAGGAUCUAAGCUCCCCAGGCAUGCAUGCUCCACCUGUGGUUGCACCUGAUGCUGCAGCCCAUGCUGAUGCCCCAAGUGGGCUGGAGGCAGAGUUGGAGCACCUGCGGCAAGCCCUGGAGGGCGGCCUGGACACCAAGGAAGCCAAAGAAAAGUUCCUGCAUGAGGUGGUCAAGAUGCGAGUUAAGCAAGAGGAGAAGCUGACAGCAGCCCUCCAGGCUAAGCGCAGCCUGCACCAGGAGCUAGAGUUCUUGCGUGUGGCCAAGAAGGAGAAACUGCGGGAAGCCACAGAGGCCAAGCGCAGUUUGAGGAAAGAGAUUGAGCGGCUCCGAGCUGAAAAUGAGAAGAAGAUGAAAGAGGCCAACGAGUCCCGGGUGCGCCUGAAGCGAGAGCUGGAGCAGGCGCGGCAGGUCCGGGUGUGUGACAAGGGCUGUGAGGCCGGGCGCCUGCGUGCCAAGUACUCAGCCCAGAUUGAGGACCUGCAAGCAAAGCUGCAGCAUGCGGAGGCUGACCGUGAGCAGCUUCGAGCUGACCUGCUUCGGGAGCGGGAGGCCCGUGAGCAUCUGGAGAAGGUGGUGAAGGAGCUUCAGGAGCAGCUGUGGCCUCGGCCACGGCCUGAGAAUUCUGGAGGUGAGAGCAACGCUGAGCUGGAUCCCUAGCUUGGGCAGUGAUUGUCACUGCCACAUGGACCUCUAUGCGUGCGCAGAGGGUGGUGGGUGCGUGGCUCUGCGUGCCCGGCCUGUGCCUCUGCAGCCACACAGCACAACGUCUCUACUGUGCCUAUUACCAAGCGAGUGUUUGUAACCACAUACUUUUGGAAUCCACUGCAAAAUUUUCUACUGGCCAAGUUCAAGUGAGCAAGCCAUGUCCCCCAGCUGCAACCAGAGUUGAGACUGGCUCUGUGGCUUGUAAGCUGGUUCUCUGCUUGCUAGAACAUUCUAACAUUUACACUUUUGUUAUAAGCUAUUUAAAACCAGUAAGGAGACUUGAUAUUCAGAAAAUCAACAUGUUUUUUAAUGACUAACUGUAAAAGGCCCCUACACGUGACGCCAUCUGGACACCCACUCUGGCGGGGGUGGCACCCACCCACCGCCGUCCUGGGAAGCCAUCACCGCUCAUCUGUGCCCGCGGCUACAAGAGGACAGCAAGGGUUUUCUUCAGAGUCUAUUUUUUCAGCAACAAGGACCCCAGUCUUCCUGCUGCUGCCAGGAAGAGCAGGGAGAGCGCCGCGUGCGAGAUGAGCCCCAACACUGCCCGCCUUACCGCUGCUGCCCCGCCCAUCACCAUCACCACUAACCCCGCCCUGCGGCACCGGGAGGCCUGAGCCACAGUUUGCCCAGGCCCCUGGGUGCCCCUGCCCACCUACACCUUGAGGGGCUGACCUGUGUUAGGCAGUGGCCAUGGUCCAGUGUCAUGUUGUGUUGUUCUCACACACGCCACCCAGCCACCCAUGCGCUGCUUGACCACAGCAACCCCCCCUUCCGUGCGGCAGACGCCACUCCUCGCAUUGUGGGCUGAGGCUGCAGCAUUGGAACAAAACAGCAUUAUAUCACUUUUCCUUUCUUUUUUUUUUUCUUUUCUUUUUUUUUUUUUUUUUUUGUUGUUGUUGUUGUUUGUUGUCGUUCAUUUAAACAUGUAUUUAGAACUGCACUUUGUCAGAACCUUCCCUCCUCCCUCCCCCUGGUUAACUGAGGUUUUUAACAAUUUCUCGAGCAGUUCAAGCCCUAAGUGCUCGAGUACUUACACAUCCCCUCUGGUGCUUGGUUGAACAAGGGAAUCACGAGACAAUGAAAAUGCAGAGACUGAACUUGGGGGUCGUUCUGUGCCUUCCAGCAUCUUGUACAGCAAACCCUGACUUGUCUUUUUACCCCCAAAAUAUCGUCUUCAGUAGCGACUGAAUCUGCCACUGUCAAAAUACGUUACUUGCAUUUAUUCCAAAUAAUCUCGUUUACUCUUAACUGUUUAUGCAAAUUGUAUAAGGUUUCUUUAUGCCCAAGCUUGAAAAAUGAUUUCCCAGUAGACAAGAGGCCCCCGCCCAUCCUCCAAUUGUGUUUAUUUACAUGAGAAGAUCAUACAAACGCCCUCCGCUCUAGUCCUAGCAGGGCAGCUGUGGCUGAGGGGAGGUGGAGAAGGAAGGCUUGUGCAGGUACAAAGGACCUCAAGGACUGUGGCCUGCAACUGGAGACUGCUAAGCCCUGACGUCUGGUGCCGAGGUCGUCUGCAGGGUUUUGCCCUUGGUUUACUGAGGGGGGCUGGGCUGCUGCUGGUCCCCCCUUCUGACGUGCAAUGCAAAAGGGACAUCAUGUAUACGCAGCGUUUAUUUGGAGUUUUUCCUUUGGCUUUUUUCCUCUCUUUCAGUUAUAAAACUUGUAUGCAUGGAUUUCACAUCUCCAUAGCUAGACCCGCCAUGGGCAUUAUGACCGUGUCUCCUAAAGGGUCGGUUUUGUUACACAACACGAAGAAUGCUGUCUCAGCCUUGUUUUUUCUAGAGUUGUGUUUUUCAGUCAUUUCUUCAAGGAAAACUAAAUGAUUUAGUUGGAGCAAAGCUUUAAGUGUGUUGGUGUGCUUCUGUGUGGCUCUCAUUCUUCUCAGCAGAGCCUCUCCUUGCCACAGCCCUGGUAUGGGAAGGAAGUGCUGUGUGUGCAGCCGGGACUCUUACCCACGUGCCAGAAUGGCUUGGGUCUGGGAAGGGCGUGUCAUCUCAUUAAUUGUUCCUCCUGGAUCCUUCCUCUCCCUGCUUCCUGUGGGAUCAGAACACGGCUCCCGCUGACUAGUAACUUGUGACCCAGGACCUCUAGGACCUAGCGUCUAGGUCAUUCUGCUGCUCCUGCCUUGACACCCGGGCCCCCGCUCGCUGGGUGAAGCUGGCCAAGCAUUGGGUAUCUUGUGCAGCUGCCGUGCGAGGCAGCCCAGCUCGCUGCAGGGUCUGCGGUGGACUGAGGGCAGCCAGACACUGCAUGCUUGUCUCCUUAUGAGGAAGGCUGCAAAUGUCAGAGAAAGGGAGGAGGGGUUCCCAUCAUGUUGGCUGUUGACCCUCCCUGUAUGUUAAACCCUUGACCAGUUCACUCGUUUCUAUCCUGGAAGAUUUCUAACAAAGGGAAAAACCAACAGCAAUAAGUCAUUGGUGAGCAGCUAACUCGUGCACUCGACACCCCGCUUUUCAUACAGAACUAGCCAAUGUAAAGACAACUCACAUGUAAAUACUUUUUUCCAUUUCACACCGUUGUAUUAUACGUGUAUAUGGUGACUCCUUUUCCAGAAACUUUUUCUUACCUGUUGGUUGUCUUGUUUCCUGGGUUUGUUUUUAACUAAAGGGGGGGGGGGGAGCUCAUUUGCCGGAGGGGACAGAAGCGUCUCGUGGCAUUUCCCAUGCGGCGGCCUCCAUGGCACCCACUCUCCCCACAUGCCUACCCCAGGGCUGAGGGGGAGGGGCUCUUGCUUUAAGUCAGAAGUCUCAAAUGACAUGCUCAUCGGUUAAAGAAGAGGAAAAAAACCCACCUCAACCUUCAUAACUGUCCAAACCCCGUGCCCGCCCUCCAGUCCUACGCUGCUGCUAACGACAAUACAACGGCUUACUCUGCUACUCGAGAACUAUUUUUAUGUAAUUAAUGUAUGCUCUCUUGUUUAUAAAUGCCUGAUUUAAAAAAAAAAAAA